GCGGUCCUGAGCGGCCAGUGAACGGAAGAAACGAGGAAACCCAACGACCAUGCGGAUCUUGAUCAAGGGUGGGGUGUGGAAGAACACAGAGGAUGAGAUCCUCAAGGCUGCCGUCAUGAAGUACGGCAAGAACCAGUGGGCACGUGUCGCUUCCCUCCUCGCGCGCAAGUCGGCCAAGCAAUGCAAGGCGCGUUGGUACGAGUGGUUGGACCCGAGUAUCAAGAAGACCGAAUGGAGCCGCGAAGAAGAGGAGAAGCUUCUGCACCUGGCCAAGUUGAUGCCAUCUCAAUGGCGGACGAUUGCUCCGAUUGUCGGCCGCACGGCCGCCCAAUGCAUGGAACACUACGAGAAGUUACUUGACCAAGCUCAAAAAGGCGCGGACGGCGACGACACUGCGACCGAUGAUCCUCGCCGUCUACGACCAGGCGAGAUCGACCCAAACCCAGAAAACAAACCCGCGCGCCCUGAUCCCGUCGACAUGGAUGAAGAUGAGAAAGAAAUGCUGUCCGAAGCCCGGGCUCGUCUUGCCAACACAAAGGGCAAGAAGGCCAAGCGAAAGGCCCGUGAAAAGCAGCUUCAAGAGGCCAAGCGACUGGCUAGUCUUCAAAAGCGUCGCGAACUCAAAGCUGCAGGCAUCACCCCUGACAAAUCCAAGCAACUGGGGAAUCUCCGUAAGAAGCGCAAGUUUAUCGACUACGUCAAAGAGAUUCCGUUCGAGAAAAAGGUGCCAGCGGGGUUCUACGAUACAAGCGCGGAGCGAAGCAGUGCCGUUGCGUUGGACCCGAAGCAGACCGCGCUGUACCUAAACCAGCUUGAAGGCGUCCAUCGCGACGCGGAGGAAAAGCGGGCGCGCCGCGAGGAUGCAAAACGUCAGAAGAAGCUGCUGUCGUCAGCAUUACCACAACAAAUUGCAGCAAUUAACAAGCUGAAUGACCCGAGCUCGUUCAUCAAGCGGAAAGCACUCGACUUACCAGCUCCCAUGGUGACAAACGACGAAUUGGGGCUGCUGGCGAAGCAAGGCGCUUCCGACGUUGCGCAGGCCCAAAUGCUUGCGCUGGAGCAUUCAACAUCUCAGCAGUCGACUGCCCUCGUGACCGUGUACAAUCCGUUGGCCACGCCCGGUGGACCAGCCGCAACCCCCGCGCAUGCCGGCCAGGCUUCGCAAACUCCCCAAAUGUCUGUCCGGGAGACCAUCAUGCAGGAAGCGGCAAACCUUGCGGCCAUGACGCGAGCGGCGACCCCCCUUCUAGGUGGGGAUAAUGUGGACUUGCAGCAAGGAACAGGAUAUGGAGGGAUUACUCCAAGCCGCACCCCAGGGCCGUCGUCCGUCCUCCGCACGCCCAGCUCGUCAUUGCGGACACCCAUGCGGGACAUGCUUGGCAUAAAUCCUGACGUUGGUGACGAGAUCACGGACAUGUCGAAGCGCGCGGAGAAAGCACGCCAUCGAGCAAAGACCGCAGCAUUGCAAAGUGGAUUUGCGUCGUUGCCGGAGGCUCAGCUAGAGUACGAAAUCAGCUUGCCAGCCGUGGACGCACCGACAGCUGACGAAGAUUCCGGUCGUGUGGAGGACGCAGGGGAGCGUGAUGCACGGUUGGCGCGCGAAGCGGCUGCCGAAGCCGACAAAGCUCUCCUGCGCCGAUCAACAGUGUUUCAAAAGCAGCUCCCCAAACCAACCUCUACAACGUCGUUAGUCUUGAAUGACGACCCUGCUAUCCAAGACGAAUUGGCAGCGCUCUUGGCGGCUGAUGUCGGCGACGGCUCGAAGAAAAAACGCAAGCGAGGCCAAGCAAAUGCGCCGUCGUCCGACGUUUUCACAAACGACGAGCUGCAGUUGGCACGCAACCUCGUGGCGCUGGACGCAAAGUUGCACGGCGCCGGUGUCCUGGACGUGAACUCGACGUGGCAAGCAGCACAGAAAAAUAUCAAAGAGCUUGCACCUGGCCAAUUGGUCCAUUGGGACGACAUCUCAGUCGAUCUGCGCAUCCAACUCCUGAGCAAGGAAUUUGCUGCGCUCAAGGAAGUGGAGGCGAAGUUGGUAAAGAAGGCAGACAAACUCGAACAAAAGGCGGGCCUUUUGCAUGGCGGAUACGAAAACGUGUGUGCUGGAUAUGGUACGUCGCUGGAGACGACGCAUCAAGCAUGGCUCGUCAAGUCGCGCGAACUGCAUGCGUUUAAUCAACUGCGACUCGUCGAGCAAUUGGCGCUGCCUCGGCGAUUGGAAUCGCUCGGUCGAGAAGUGGAUCUACUGCAGCUGCGCGAAGUCGAGUUGCAAAAGCGAUAUGCGGCGUUGCUGGAGGAGACCGACGCUAUCGCUGCCGAAUCCUAGCGGCCUUUUUGUCGCCACGAGCUACGGCUUGUCCGACGUCGCUUUGGUCGAGCUAAGAAAUUUUCCGCCUCAUUUUGAACUCUACCAAUUGUUGUCUG